AUUAUAAUAAUAAUUUGUGUAAAAAGAAAACGUACAAAGAAUUGGAAAUUAAAUUGCAAAGAGAUUGUUUUCUAAAAUGAAGAGACGAGGUGUCAGCAAAAUGGCAAAGAUAAAUGAAUUUGAUAUCGUAGAUCAAAAUGUACAAUCGAAAGUGGGAAAAUUUACAUUUUGGAAUGGAGAUGUUUACGACGGAGAAUAUAAAAUAAAUUAUGAUCAAUUACUUUUGCUUAAGCAAGGAAAAGGAACAUAUACUACUGAUAAUUUUGAUACCUAUCACGGAGAAUGGAACAAUGAUACGUUUUCUAAUGCCGAUAUUCAUAUUAAGUAUAAUAACGACGCUCAGUAUCGAGGUAGAAUAGAUCCGAACGGAACGAUGGUCGGUUUAGGAACAUACAUAUUUCCCGAUGGGUCCUCGAUUGAAGCUAUAUGGCACAAUAAUAUACCAUCUACAAAUAUUAUUUACAGAGAACCUCUUGGAUUUGCGUGGGUAGUCGAAGAUAUAUCAGUAGAUGUAAAAAGUAUUUCUUUAAAUCAAAUAUAUCUAUAA